AUGGACUCAGACGUCGAGAAGAAAGCACCCACUAUUGUGGAGCCAGCUGAAAGUCUCCCUUCAGCUCACGAUGAUGUUAGCGUCGGUGAACUCAACCCGCUGAAGCGGAACCUGAAGAACCGCCAUAUGCAGAUGAUCGCUGUUGGUGGCGCUAUUGGAGCUGGGGGUCUGCUCUCCGUACGGGCCUUGGGCGAGUUGGCCGUGCUAUAUCCCGUGAACGGAGCCUUUUUCACAUACUGCGUACGGUUCAUUAGCCCAGCCUGGGGAUUCGCAGUCGGCUGGGACUACGCUAUUGGAUGGCUCAUCAUUCUUCCCUUCGAACUUACGGCCGCAAGUUUGACAAUUCAGUACUGGAGUGAAACUUUGAACAGCGGAAUCUGGGUGGCAGUGUUUCUAGUCGUUCUAACUGCGAUCCAGUUCUUCGGAGUUCGAGGCUACGGAGAAGUCGAAUUCGUGCUGGGGAUGAUCAAGGUCAUUGCCGUGAUUGGCUUCAUCAUCCUUGGAAUUGUGAUCGAUUGCGGUGGCGCCCCGAACGGAGGUUACAUAGGAGCCCAUUACUGGCAUGACCCUGGUGCAUUCACAACAUUCAGAGGGUUCUGUUCGGUCUUUGUGACAGCAGCCUUCGCCUUCGGUGGUACAGAAAUGGCUGGCCUUGCUGCUGCAGAGGCGGCAAACCCCGCCAAGUCCAUCCCCAAGGCAUCCAAGCAGGUCUUCUGGCGCAUUAUGAUCUUCUAUGUCCUGGGCACCUUUAUAGUUGGCCUGAUUGUUCCUUCUGACGCCGACUGGCUUCUCGGAGCAUCUGGCGCCAACACCAAGGCUUCUCCAUUUGUCGUAUCAAUCCAGAAUGCCGGUAUCUCUGGAUUGCCCUCUGUUAUGAAUGCGAUCAUCACUAUUUCAGUUAUCAGCGUGGCGAACUCCGCGACAUAUGGCUCAAGCCGUACUAUCCAGUCUUUGGCCUCCCGAGGCAUGGCACCGAGAUUCAUGGCAUAUAUUGACAAAGGUGGUCGGCCCCUUUACUGUAUUAUCCUGCAGAUUGCUUUUGGUUUACUCGCUUUCAUCAACGAGGCGCCAUCAGGAAGCACCAUUUUCGACUGGCUUCUUGCCUUGUCUGGUAUCUCCGACUUCUUCAUCUGGGGAAGUAUCUGCCUUGCCCAUAUCCGCUUCCGCUCCGCCUGGGCGCAUAACGGACACAGCGUGAACGAGCUUGCCUAUGCCGCUCCCCUUGGUGUGGUUGGGAGCUAUAUCGGUCUGGGUCUCAAUAUCUUGUGUCUCAUCGCGGAAUUUUAUGUCUCUGUGGCUUCAAAGGAUGCUGAAACAUUCUUCAUGAACUACAUUGCUGCGCCGCUUGUGAUUCUACUUUUCGUCGUCUGGCUUCUUUACACCAAGUGGAAUAAAGAUCCCAGGCUCGACCGUGGAGGCUGGUUCAUCCCAAUUGAGAAGAUGGACGUCCACAGCUUCAUAAGGGACUCUGCUCUCGAUGUGGAUCUUCCACCAAGAGUCGAGUAUGCUACUUGGGGUGCUUGGUUCAAAGCUGCUCCUAUGCGUAUAGCUCGCUCAUUAAUUUGA